CCGGCUGCGGCAUGGCCAGCACAUUCGCGUGUCUGCUUCUGCUGCUGGCGGCCGGCCGCGAGGCUCACAGCUUCCCACAACCCUCUCUGCACCUGCUGGGCGGAGGAGGCGGACUCUUCGGAGGUCGGUCCCAAGGAGGAGGCUUAUUGUCAGGAAUACUCAACUCUACCGUGAACAAGAUUCUGAAGCCUCUGAACGUGCUCGGCAAUGGUGGGUCGAGUUCCUCCAGCAACAGUUUUGGCGCUGGCGCCACGCUGCCGUUCGGCAUAUCGGUCGGGUUUACAGGGUCCACAUCCAACGCCAACGCUGGAGGACAAGGCAUUCCUGUUGGACAAGGAGGCGCGGGUGAAGUUCCAUUUGGUGGAGACAGCCAUGGUAUCAGCGGUGGUCAAGGGGGAAGCAACAACAACGCUGGAGGAGGUUUUGGCCACGAAGGAGGCCACGCUGUAGUUGGUAACGGUGGCAGCAGCUCCUCGUCCAGCCAGGCAGAGAGUGGAAGUGUUGCAGGGAGCGGUGCCCACGGAGGCAGCAGGCCACCUGCUACCGACGCAGGAAUUCAGGAAAUCAUCCGACCAUCAGGAGGUGGUGGUCAGUCUGGUACAGGUAGUUCAAGCCAGGCCAACAGCGAAAGUGCUGCAAAUAGUGGCACAGUCGAAGGCAACGGACCAAAUCCUGUGGACACUGGCAUUCAGGAAGUCUUUGGACCAGCACCAGGAAGCUCCAGCCAGGCCAAUAGUGAGAGUGCUACUAGUAGCGGUAAUGUUGGAGGACAUGCUCCUAGUCCUAUCGAUGAAGGCAUUCUCGACGUUUUUGGACCUGGCCCAGGAAAUGGAGGGCAGUUUGGUGGUAAUACUGCUAGCCAGAGCAAUAGUGAGAGCGCCGCUAACAGCGGUACUGUUGGAGACCACUCUCCUAGUCCUGUCGACGAAGGAAUUCACGACGUUUUUGGACCUGGAGCUGGAAGUGGAGGACAGUUUGCUAGCGGUGGUUCCAACCAAGCCAAUAGUGAGAGCACCGCUGGUACUGGCACUCAUGGAGUCAGUACGCCUAGUCCGGUCGACAUUGGUAUCCAGGAAGUGUUCGGAAAUGGAGGAGCAGGAAGUGGUGGAGAAGGUUCUGAGGCAAAGAGAUCCACCCCCGACUAUGACCACAACGGAAGCGCAGCAGCUGCGACACCAGAUCCUGUCGACUUAGCCAUUCAGGAAGUCUUCGGCGCUGCACCUUCAGGAAAAAGUGCUUCUGCAGCAUCUGACAAACCACCUGUUUUCACUUAGAGUAGCUUUGGCUUCGCAACAAAAUCAAUGUUUUCAACCUACAUUUGGGUCGGAAGAUCACUAUGUUAGUUUCCAGCAAACCAAUGCUGUCCUGUUUGCUUGAAAGCUACGACGAAGCAGUUUCUCCUGGGCAUUGCAAUUAAGGCAGCUCCUACCGACGUUGCACGUGACGAAUCAAUAAUGAAGGACCAGUGGCAGCCAAAAAUUACGUUGUGAUGAGUAAAAUGUUCUAUACUCAGACUGGAAACUGUCCAUACAAUGCGUUGGAGAUGUCACGCAUAAUAUCCCGUUACUACUUCGAAAGAGUAGUGAGAUCCCUUUUGAGUUUCAUAUUACAUAGUUGUCUUAUCUAUGGUAACAAGACCGUAUUACUCCAUAAGGGUUGACUUCAUGCGUCGAAGAACGGUUGUUAUGUUUUUCCUUUGUCAAACUGAAUUAACAAGUAUUUACAAAUACACACAUCCAUCCCUUGUAAGACCAUAGUUCUACUUUGCAUAAUUUCCUACAAGAAUGUAAUGAAGUCAGUAAAACAAUUCAGUUAACAAAGACGUUAGAACAUUUAUAUGCAACAUAUGCCUGAUUCCGUCCUUGAAGCAGCAAUAGAGCGUUUUAAUCCUGUUUAGUGCCAUAAGAUGGUUUACAACAGCCAAAUACUCCAAGAUGUAUCUUCAUCUUUAAGAAAAUGCAACAUAGCGUGUACUGAGUAAAUGUUAAUAUUUUGCAAUAAAACUUCAUAAAAUAAACACA